AUGGAAGAGGAGGAGAGUAUCCGCGUGGUUCGCUGUGGCGGCAGCGAGUUGAACUUUAGGAGAGCGGUGUUUUCUGCGGAUUCUAAAUACAUCUUCUGUGUUUCUGGAGAUUUUGUUAAAGUAUACAGCACAGUUACGGAAGAAUGUGUGCAUAUACUGCAUGGACACAGCCAAUUGGUGACUGGAAUCCAGCUCAACCCCAACAACCAUCUACAGUUGUAUUCUUGUUCCUUGGAUGGUACAAUUAAGCUAUGGGACUACAUAGAUGGUAUUUUGAUAAAGACUUACACAGUUGGGCAUAAACUUCAUGCCCUUUUUACUGGUAGCCAUGCUGAAGAGUCUGUCUUCGUUACAAUAAGUAAAGAAAGCCCAGAUGUUUUUCAGCUGGUUUCAGUGAAGCUGCCCAAAUCAUCAGGUCAAGAAAUAGAAGCUAAGGAGGUAUCCUUUAUUUUGGAUUAUAUAAACCAGUCACCCAAGUGCAUUGCUUUUGGAAAUGAGGGACAGUAUGUGGCAGCAGUACGGGACUUCUACUUGUCUGUUUAUUUUUUCAAAAAGAAAACAACAUCAAGGUUUACUUUAUCAUCAUCAAAAAAUAAGAAGAAUUCUAAGAAUGAAUUCACGUGUGUAGCAUGCCACCCAAGAGAAGACUGCAUAGCCACUGGUCACAUGGAUGGCAAAAUUCGUCUCUGGAGGAAUUUUCAUGAUGAUAAGAAAUACACAUAUACUUGUUUACAUUGGCAUCAUGAUUUGGUUAUGGAUUUGGCUUUUUCAGUAACAGGCAACAGUUUGCUGAGCGGUGGGCGUGAGUCUGUACUGGUGGAAUGGCGAGAUAUAACAGAGAAGAAUAAAGAGUUUCUACCCCGUUUGGGAGCAACAAUUGAACAUAUUUCAGCCUCACCUGCAGGGGAUUUGUUCUGUACUUCUCAUUCUGACAAUAAGAUAAUAGUCAUUCACCGAAACCUUGAGGCCUCUGCAGUGAUCCAAGGCCUAGUGAAAGACAGGAAUAUCCUUACUGGUUUGAUGAUUGAUCCAAGAACUAGAGCUUUGGUUUUGAAUGGAAAACCUGGCCACCUGCAGUUUUAUUCUCUCCAGAGUGAUAAGCAGCUGUAUAAUUUAGAUAUUAUACAGCAAGAAUACAUCAAUGAGAACCAUUUGAUCCAAAUUGAGCUAACAAAGGCUGCAUUUAGCCUCAAUGGCAACUGGCUUGCAACAGUGGAAGAACGCCAAGAAAAGGCAACAGAGCUUGAAUUGCAUAUGAAACUGUGGUCAUAUAAUAAGAAGACACAAGGGUUUGUUCUCAACACAAAAGUCAGCAUGCCACAUGACGACCACAUCACAGCUCUCUGUUUCUGCAAUGCAGGAAAAUCGGAAAACCCUGCCUUAGUCACAACUAGUAAAGAUGGCUACUUCAAAGUGUGGAUAUUAACAGAUGACUCUGAUAUAUAUAAAAAGGCUGUUGGCUGGACCUGUGACUUUGUUGGUAGUUACCACAAAUACCAAGCAACUAACUGUUGUUUCUCGGAAGACGGCUCUUUACUUGCAAUUAGUUUUGAGGAAAUAGUCACAAUAUGGGAUUCAGAGACAUGGGAGCUAAAGUGUACAUUUUGCCAACGAGCUGGGAAAAUAAGGCACCUUUGCUUUGGGCGACUGAUGUGCUCUAAGUAUCUUCUUGGUGCUACAGAAAACGACCUCCUUUGCUGUUGGAAUCUGCUCAGUUGUACACUGGAAUGGAGUACAAAACUGGAUGUUAGAGUCAUGGAGCCUGAUCCGAAUUCAGAGAACAUUGCCGCUGUCUCUUGGUCUUCAGUGGGUUUGUUCGUGCCACGAGAUGUCCCAGAAUCGUACAACUCAGGAGCUUACCGGUGGCUGAACAGAUCCCAGUUUUACUUCCUCACAAGAUCACAGACUUUAUUGACAUUCAGUGCAAAGUCUCCAGAAGAGAAACUCACACCAACAAGCAAGCAGCUGCUUGCAGAAGAUAGUCUUCCAGCAACCCCAUUUUAUUUCAUUUUGGGAAAACACAGGCAACCGCAGGAUGAAAAAUUAAAUGAUACUUUGGGAAAUGAGUUGAUACAACUACCAUUAACAGAAAACAUACCUGCAAUUAGUGAGCUUCUUCAUACUCCAGCCCAUGUACUACCAUCUGCUUCUUUUCUGUGCUCCAUGUUUGUAAAUUCAUUGCUGCUAUCUAAGGAGACUAAGAGAGCUGAAGAAAUUCCUGAUGAUGUAGAUAUGGAAGAAGAAAAAGAAAAUGACAGUUCAGAUGAAGAAAAUGAUUUUACUGAAAAUAUCCAGGAUACAAACAACAUAGAUUUGGGAGAAGAUAUAAAUCAGUUGUCAAAAUCUGAAGAAAAAGAACUGAGAAAAUUAAGGAAAAUCGACUAUAGUUGGAUAACAGAGCUUUAA